GGGCGGGCUCGAGGAUAUGAUGUGUCUCAUUUACAUGCUAAGUUUCAAUUUCAAGGAAAAAAUACGGAAAUACGUUUGAGUCCAGACGGAGAGGAAAGUGAAAACGUCAGGCAGUGUCGAGGUCAAAGAAGAGACUGUGGAAAUAGCUCAGAUGAUGUCAUCACAGGACAAAAAUGAAGUUCUGGCUGUUCUCUUCAUGAAGUGGUCAGGGGUUAAUCGACCACUUAGAAAGGAGCUACAGCUGGUCCUCCAGCGCUGGUUCAUCAGAAACCAUGUUGGAGCAGCCUGCUUAGUUUUAAGUGCCUCAACAGACGGGAGAGUUGUGGUGAAGAUUACACCUGCCCGAGCCCUGCAUGAGCUUCAGAAACUGAAAGGACAAACACUGACCAUUAACGAUGACACAACAGUCACAAUAAUAUCCGUCAGUCUGACAAAGGCAGAGCUGGAGACACGAAGACCAGAUGAUGCUUCAAUCGACCUUCCUCCUUCAUUCUGCUCAGAACCACAAGUGGAAGGACAGCUGGGGAAACAGAGAAAUGACGUGUUUUCAUGUACUUGCGAUAUCCCAAUGCACCAUUUCUGGUAUGUGAACCAGGCCUACAAGGAGGAAAUUAAACGUAUAGAAAAAGAGAGUGGAGUAAAAAUCAUGGCAGAAGUGAAGCUGACAUUUGAAGCAAACCAGAAAGAUGCAAGUCCAAACCAUGCUUUCUCUGAGUUCAUUAACCUUGUCCAGAAAUGCUCAGGGGAAUCCAGGGGCUUCACUCUACCUCUCAAGGAGAUGAAUCCAGAAGAGUGGAAGGACACACUGAAUGUCAUCCAGAGACCUGAGAACAAGCUUGUCCUCGCUCUGUCCUCUGAAGAAAUGACCGUGUGUGGGCCAAGAAAAAGUCAAGAUGUUAUCAGAAAGUCCUUAAAUGCAAGAACAAGUAUCAGCACUUCUGUGGGAGUGUCUACAUGGGCAUCUCAAGACACAGUGUCUACACAGGCAUCUCAACACAAAGAGUCUACACGGGCGUCUCAAAUCACAGUGUCGACACGGGCAUCUCAAGACACAGUGUCUACAUGGGCAUCUCAACACAAAGAGUCUACACGGGCGUCUCAAGUCACAGUGUCUACACAGGCAUCUCAAGACACACUGUCUACAUGGGCGUCUCAAGACACAUUAUGGAACAUUGGCAUGAGCAUCAAUGACCCUCUCGUCAAUGCCGGACUCACCAUGGAGGAAAACCACUGGAAGCUGAUGACUACUUCCUACAGUGAGCAAGUAGAUAAGAUCAAAACUAAGUAUGGAGUGGACUUUAAAGAAUCAAGCGACGGUCAAGGCAAAGUGAUAGUCAAAGCUUGCCACAAAAGAUCUGGAGGAAAUGCGUCAAUGGAGAGCCAUGCUGUCAGAGCUCUUCUUCAUCUGUACCAGAAGACUGCAACAUCACCCUACAGCUUCACCCAACCCAUUGGUGCUGCUGGGUCUGGGUAACAGUCUUGAGUGUUCUGAUCCUGGUUAUUUGAGCAGAGUCAAGGAGGAGCUGAAGGCUAAAGGCACUGAGUGAAGACCUUGUUACAAAGUGAGGGAAGUUGUUUUCACACAAAAAAAAUGAGACAAUUUAAAACAAGCAAUUAGGGACUGUUCCCUAUUUAUGAGAGGGGAGGGGGUGGUGAAAAACAGUGAAGGCACUUUAAUAAAUUUUUAAGCAUUGGAGAGGGAGUUGUGUUUUUUGAUUUGGCUUAUUUGUCAUAUUUUGUAUAUAUUUUCAGGACCCCAAAACCCACAAAUGGGUUUGAAAGGCAUGUUUUGUUUUUAUUUAAUUUGCAAAUUUUCACCAUUUAUCAUAGACAGAGACUGCAAAAACAGAAAUUUUUAGAUUUUCAAAUUCCCAAAGGUCCUACAACACCUCAUGUGGGACAAACACUUAUGUCAGGAAAAAUAAUCAAAUCUAAGCUUAAAAUAUUGAUAUAGUGCUAUAGUGUGCUUCUGCAUGCAUGCUGCCUCUGUGACAUACGAUUUAUUUUUUUUUACCCCCUCCUCUCUGAUAAAUUGAGUACAGUCCCUUACUGCCAUGCACAUACUGUUGUACUGUCUUUCUUCUUCUCAUGUAAUUUUUUUUUACAUGUUCUAUCUUCACCUGUAAAGCUUAACUCUCUUACUUGAAAAGAAUUUCCUGUUUUUGUUUUUGUUAAUUGAAAACGUCUUUCUAUUUAAAUCUGUAUAAGAAUGAAAUAUACCAACAUAAUUUAAACUUUAGCCCACACUGACUCAUCACAGUAUCCUUCUCUUUAUCAGCAUGUUGUGGAAAAAAAACACAAAACACAGUGGCUUGUUUUUCUGUACAAUUUUUAAAAUUUUAUUUAUAACAAUAUCUGUUAUUUAGUUUGUAAAGUACUCCAGCAAAAAUUAAACAUUAUUCUCUUUCCAGAAGAAAGUCUGAGCCUCCAUGCAUCGUGUACUAUAAAAGCUAUGUGUCAUUUUUCAUUUAAAAAAAAAGGACUAAUCAAGAAAAAAAAAAAAAAAGAAAUUCUGAAAAUGCA